CGACACUACCAAGACAGUACAUCAGUGACUUUCGUGGCGAAGCGGUAUAUUGAUUGGAGGCUCGGUUUUAUUUAAAGUUAAAAAGUGUACGGUGCUUAUCAUGGAAAAGGUCUUAUGUCAUAUUCACGGGUCUUUGUGCUUGUUAAAGACUGGUACUAAGGAUGGACCUAACAAAGGAAAGAGCUUUUAUAUCUGUGGAGCAAGACAAGAAAAUGCCUGUGAUUUCCACCAGGUGGCAGAUGUUCCUGCCUCCCAUUGCCUGCUUCAUGAGGACUCUCUGGUUGAGCUUCAGGCCCUUGUAAGACAUGAAGCCAAGACAUGUUACAAGCUUUUUUUCCGCUGUGUUCAAGGAAAGGCUGAGGGAAGAAGGUGGUGUGGACAUGUACCCCAUCAGAUCAAAGAAACAAAAUGUUCCACUGCUAAAAAUGAGUUCCAAGAUAAGUGUCCGCAUGAGCGCAACCCAUUCAAAGCUCAAAAUAGAAAUGGGAAUGAACACCUUUCAAAGUGGAAAGUUCUUAAUGGAGCGGAGAAAGAAAAUGAUAAUACAGAUGAAAAAUGUGAUGUCAAGAGCAAUACCGACAUUUCCACACAAGUCACAAAUGUAUCCUCAGAAUCUUGGAGGAGCACAGAGCUACCAAAAGGAAUGAAAUUGAAGAAAAAGACCUUUUCUGAAGGAUGUAAAUCAACUGUAAAUGAAUCUGAUGGGAAAAAGGAAAUUAAUGAGACUGAAGAUGUUCAGAAAUCCCAUGAUGAACAUCUCCAGGAUGAUGUGUCAUGUAAGGAGAAAUUGAAUAAGGGACAAAAAUCUCUAGGAACAAAGGUAUACUUAAAGACAGAAAAUGAAGUAGAGGAAGCCAAAAAGAAUUUGCAUAGCACUAAAAUGUCUUCAGUCUGCUCCAUUAAUUCUUUAACAAACCAAAAAAAAUUACAGCUGAAAAGUGUGCCUUCAGUAAAGGAGCCAGAGUCCAGGCCAGUGAAUGACAAAAAUAAUAUCAGCAAACCCGUCUGCAAAAAAAAUAUUUCAAAGUGCCUCAAAGAGAAUGAAGAUCAUCCACAUAUAAAUGAGUCUUUAACUCAUGAGGUACUAAGCAGCAGAAAAGAGAGCCCAGACGUUUCUAGUUCUAAAGCAGAUACUAAAUUAUCUAACUGUGAAAAACAAAGGGACAUGGACAAAAAUAAGGAAAUCAGUAAAGUUCAAAAUGUGGGAGAGGAAAAAGUCAUCCUGGAGUCUUCUCAGUCUCUACUGAAAACUAUACUUCCUGCUGCAUCUCAGCAAGCCCCUACUGGCAGUGUUCAGAAAACUAUUACAUCUUUUCCUGGGUUCAUUCCUGUGGCUAAUGUUCACAGAUUCCAAGAUUCAAAAUCUUUGUACAAUAAUUUGUCUCUCCAACUCAAGCAAAAAAAGGCCACUGUUUCAUCAGUAAAUCUAUCUGCACUUCCAGAUAAAGGUGAAAGGUUGCUUAACCAAGUUAAGGACCUUGAGAAAGCACUGGGUGCUCUUAAUUUAUCUGUCCCUGAAAGUAAUGGGGAUGAAAAGGAUGCAGAUAGCGGAGCAGAAAAUUGUAUAGCAUCAUCUUCUGACCAGUUAAAACCAUCUAACAAAACUGUUAGCAAUCAUAGGCACACGAUUCUAUUACCUGAGCCCAUGCCUCAACCUGAAUCUUUGAAGCAGCCAUUCUGUAGUGGUUCUUCAUACAGCAUGACUCUGGGUGGUAUUCAAGGAGUAAACACUCAGCAGAGUGCAUUCUAUGGAGGCAGGAUGACCGAGGACAGACUUCUGACAGUCCGUAAUAUGACUGUGGAUGCUAUUGACAAAUUGCAUAAAUCUCUCGAGUCUUGUCCGGCAGCUGAAACACAAGCUGAGGAUCCAAAAGGGCUUAAGGUGCCAUUGUUGCCUCAUCAGAAACAUGCACUGGCAUGGUUACUGUGGCGUGAGACUCAGAUGCCUUGUGGGGGAAUUCUUGCUGAUGAUAUGGGUUUGGGUAAGACUCUGACUAUGAUUGCACUGAUUAUGUCUAAGAAGAAGAAAAAAGAAAAAGAGGAGAGCCAAGAGAGUAAACAGAAGCUGUGGAUUUCAAAAAAAGACCAACAUGAUUCAUCUCCUGUAAAUGCACAAGGAAGCCUCAUCAUUUGCCCGGCUUCUCUUGUACAUCAUUGGAGGAAAGAGAUUGAGAGACAUGUGAAAGGAAGUAGACUAAGUGUGUACCUUUACCAUGGACAGAACAGAGAGAAGAAUGCACGUAUCCUUUCAGAGUAUGAUGUAGUAGUCACUACAUACAGUCUUGUUUCCAAAGAAAUUCCAGUGAAAAAGGAAGAAAAAGACAGUCCUAUCACAGAGGAAGUAAAACAAGACUCUAAGACUUUGUCUCAUUCACCUCUUAUGCAAGUGAUUUGGUCCCGAAUUAUCUUGGAUGAAGCUCAUAAUAUUAAGAAUCCACGUGUGCAGACCUCCAUAGCAGUUUGUAAAUUAAGAGCUGAAAGGCGGUGGGCUGUAACUGGUACUCCUAUCCACAAUAACCUUUUGGACAUGUAUUCACUGCUAAAGUUCCUCAGGUGUUCACCAUUUGAUGAGUACAAAUUAUGGAAAGCUCAGGUGGAUAAUGGAAGUAAGAGAGGUGGAGAACGGCUUAACAUAUUGACACAAAGUCUUCUCUUACGGAGAACAAAGGACCAGCUUGAUUCUUUCGGUAAACCAUUGGUUUCUCUCCCAGAGCGUAGUUUUAAGAUCCAUUCCUUGAAACUGUCAAGUGAUGAACAGUCUGUCUAUGAUGUGCUUUUAGCACAAUCAAGGUCUACCCUACAAUCUUAUCUGAAGAGACAUGAAAAGAAAGAUGAAAGCUGCAAUGACUAUACAAUAAAUCCAUUUGAAAAAGUUGCUCAGGAGUUUGGUGCGACACAGUCCACUGCUGUCUGUUUCUCUCAAGGAAAUCCCCAACUUCAGGCAACAAGUACCAUACAUAUCCUGUCCCUACUGCUACGAUUGCGACAGUGCUGUUGCCACUUGUCUCUCCUUAAAAAGGCACUGGAUCAUACUGAUUUGCAAAAUGAAGGCAUUUCUCUUACACUGGAGGAACAGCUAAAUGCACUAACAUUGUCUGAAGUGUCUACUUUAGAAUCCGAAUCUACAGUGACCCUGAAUGGCAGCAAAUUUAAUUCAGAUUUAUUUAAUGAUACCAAGGAGAGCACUAAGAUUGCCGCAUUACUAGCUGAACUUAAAAACAUUGCAGCUUCCUCAGAUCUUCAGAAGAGUGUUAUUGUGUCACAGUGGACAAGCAUGCUGCGUAUUGUUGCUGUGCAUCUGGACCAAAUGGGUUUGAGUUACACUACCAUAGAUGGUUCAGUGAAUCCCAAGCAAAGAAUCGAUUUGGUAGAGGAUUUCAACACUAACCGUAAAGGAAAGCAGGUGAUGCUGGUGUCUCUUUGUGCUGGAGGUGUUGGCUUAAAUCUAGUUGGAGGCAAUCACCUUUUCUUAUUAGAUAUGCACUGGAACCCUGCUUUGGAAGACCAAGCCUGUGAUCGUGUUUACCGGGUUGGCCAACUCAGAGAUGUCACCAUACACAGGUUUGUUUGUGAAGGCACAGUUGAAGAGAAGAUAUCACAACUUCAAGGCAAGAAGAAAGAACUAGCCAAAAAGGUGUUAUCUGGAACAGGAAGCUCCUUCAAUAAAAUUUCUUUAGCUGACCUCAAGAUUAUUUUUGGCAUCUAGUGUGCCCCAAGUAUGAAAGAGAUUUCAUGUGUGUACAGUUAGAAAAUAGUUUAUUCUGAAAGAAAAUUUGUGAUAUUCAUUGGUUUACAAAUAUAUUAAACACCCAGAUUAUAAUGGUUAUUGAUAUAUUAUAUUUAUAUAUUAUAAACAAGGAAAUAAAAUUGCCCAACAUGCUU